CGAAUACCUGGUACGGAGAGCACUGGACCAACGUACUUGCUCCCACUUCAUGGCUCUUGCCUUUUCUUUUCCAAAUGCACGUGAACAACAUCACCUUACGGAUAGAAAGAACAACCAAACGGGGGAAAGCCGGGCUGACACUUUGCGACCCUAGGGAGUGUCCACCAGGGUUAACUCCUCCGUCCACUCAGAUAACAUUGCGAGACGGCAGUACGUCGGCUCUAGGACUCCAACACGCCAAUGCACCUGCAUCUAAACUUCCCAGCCGUGCCAGCCCAGUCUCUGCCCCCGUCGCCUUAAAAAUCCCGUCAUCUACCAUGAGCCAUGAGGUGCAGUUUGCAGAUGCUCUGACUCUGGCGUCCCGUCUGCUCUUUCGUCUUUCGGCUCGGCUGGACUUCCGGGCGGGGCUCACAACGGGCCGGCACCUCCUCAGUCACCAGUGCCCGGGCGCACUACUGUCACCACUUCACACACGACAGCUCGAAUCCUUGGCCCAUCGGCUUGGGAAUUUGUGGUUUGAAGUCUGGAGUCUGAACACAGUUUCCCCUCCCUUUAUCACACUGACUCCUUUCCAGCCAUUCGGAUUGCGUCCUAUCAUCCUGAGACUCUCUUUUGCGCUCCUCUAUCCCUCCACCAUCGGCGCUCUACCUCUGCGUCCACUCUUUUUCCACACAGCCCACGCUGUUCAGGGCUCCAGUUCCCUCCGCAAGACUCCGCUAGGCCCUGGUCCUGGUCUUGCUGCAACCAGCCGUGGUGCAUUACCAGCAGCCAGCUCGUGUGCUCGUCCUGCUGUUGCUGUCCUGCCAAUCCUAUUUUGCCCGCUUUCUUUUUCGUUGCUCCAACAAGUCUCCAAAUUUCUCACCAGUCUUCGACCGCCUUCUCCAAGCCCAAGUGGACCGACCACCACUCCAAGCAACUCCCCGCCAGCUUCCCCAACACUGAACCCAACCCAACGGUCAGAGGAUGCGACACGCGAGCGGACAAGGAUGGGCCCUUUCCACAAUUCUUUUUUUCUUAAAGUCUCGACAUACGGAGCACACUACGUAAAUACUUUGUUAAAAUUGCGCCGCGACUGCAAUAGAUGCAUCGGAAACGUCUGUCUCUAUCCAGCAUCGGCUCGGCUUUUGACCUCAACUCUGGCAAGAAAGCAUAUUGUGGACGUUACACCAAAUAGGCUCACACCGUUGCCAUCACAGCCGCUCAAUGGCCGGGCGGUAUCCGUAUGGCCCCCGUCCAUCUCAUCUGUUGCGGGGAAUCGGUUGCAAGACCCGGCGAUUCUUGCAACUGUCUGGAGUCUCUGGACACAGUCAUCAUGGUUCGAUUACGAAGUUGGCCAACCCAUGUCCUCAUAUUUGAGAAGAUGGGCUACUGAUGUAAAACACUCAUUGCCCAUAUGAUCCUCGGGCACCACCUUCAGUCAAAUCCAGCUCACAAUAGGCUGCGGCAACCCCUCGAUUAUUUUUCAACCCGUGAU